GGGAGAUAAUUCUGCACACUCAAAGAAGUUGAUGUGCAAAGCGAGCUUGUCAUUUAUCAUAUACAGACAUUAUUGUGCAAAGAAAUGCAUUAACGUUUGGGAAGGCCUAUGCGGAAGGAGAAGGUGGACAAGAUGAACUCCAGCCUUUGGGAUGAUCCUGAAGACAACCGAUCACAGUUCUCAAGGUCAGACAGGUAUUCUAGGUCGAGGUUUCAGCAUGACAGCAGGGGGACAGGAUAUUUUGACAGGACGAGCCAACAGACAAGUGGCAAAAUGUGGGGUGAUGCUGACCAAAACCCAUCACAGUUCUCCCCUGGCAGCAGAAUAAUGUCUGACAAAAUGCACGGAUACGGACGAGGAUCAAACUAUGAUUUCCAGCAGGAGUCUCGGACAGAUACUACUUCACACACUAGGGGUGGUCUCAGGCCUUCCUUCAGAGAUGAGUCAUUUGAGAAAGAGCAACGUAUAGAUUACUUUGGUACCCAAAGCAGAGGCCCAACAGGCAUGGAAAGUGAGAUAACUUGGACAAGGGGGAAUUCCAGGAGUGGCCUGGAGAUGGACAGGUUGACCAAUACGUCCAUGGACACAGUCAGCAGAUUUGGCAUGGAAUUAACAGGUCAAACUUCAACUCCUAAUGUUGAAAAAGAUCUAGGCAGAUUCUUAAGCAAGCGUAGUAAAACGUUACAUCCAAUGGAAAUUGGAAGUAAGAAAUUGGAUACCUUUGAAGGUGGUAGAAACCGGCCAGAUAUUGAAAAACCUAGAAACCUGAGUGAGCCUGAAUUUAACAGUAACAGAACUAGAGGUCCUUAUUAUCAGCCUAGAAAUGAAACCAGAACUGAAUGGUCUCAUGUAAGUCAUCGAGGUCAGUCUGCAGAACCGUUUAGGGAAUCUGAACACUACAGAUUUAGUGAUAUGUCGAGACAUACCACAGUUUUACAAGGAAUGGAACAGGGUCGGGACAGUUUUGUACUCGAUAGAGGAGUAAAACAGGAGUUAAGAAUGAGAAUGGCUGCUGAGAGGCAGCAUAGUGGAGGAAAUGCAGUUGACAGGAACCAGUUUUCUGAAGAACAUGCGCAAAAUCUUUCUCAAUCAAUAGGUGCAAUGACAAGAGGCUCUUAUGGAAAGGAAGCACCUGCUUCUCCUCAAGAAUCACGAGGCUUGAAAAGAGGUGGCGGCAUGCAUGGCUUCAGAGACGAUAGCAGCUUCAAGAGAGGGAGGAUGGAAGGCUUUAAAGAUAGACCUAGACCCAGCAGCUAUCAGCAAACUGAAACACUGAGAAGACCGCAGUCCAGUAUUCAACCAACACCCAGCAGCUAUCAGCAAACUGAAACACUGAGAAGACCUAGAGCCAGCAGCUAUCAGCAAACUGAAAAGACCUAG